CAAAAUAGCAGAAGUCCGGUAGUAGGUAGAAUUCCUAUUCUGCUUUUCAGAGAGGGAAAGGAAGACUUUAGAGAAAGUGAUAUCAGCAAACCCACUUGUCAGCUCACUACUACAGGAUACAGUAAGGAGGAUGUCAGAAGUAGACGUUGGACCAAAGCUGUUUUUUGAGGGGUACCUGAGGAAAAGAAAAGAUAAAUGGAAAAUCAGAUGGGUCACCUAUUGGUUUAGACUUCAUAACACAACACUUUUUUUCUACACUAAGAAAGAGGGAUGUCAUGCUACCAAUCUAAGAGGACAGUAUUACAUAUACACAGUGCAGUCUGUGCGUGAAGUGAUGGAGGGCAAACGUCAUACAUUUGAGAUCACCAUGAAAAAUGGGAAGAGGAAAAUUUUAGCGGCAGAGACGCCCGAAAUGAGGCGCGAGUGGGUCAGUCAACUUUGGCAGGCCAUGCAGUUAUGUGGCUCUGGCCGCUCUCUUAGCCUCUGUGUGUGGCCCAAAGAAACAAGUGAACUGAAGGCCCGAGCUUUCUCCAGCCCAUGUACCUCUGAUCAGCUGGCCACCGAGCUAGUGGAGAGCAGGGGGCAGCCUCCCCAGGAGCCCAGUGGUCUGGACAGGCGCCACUCGACCACCUGGCCUAGCACAACACAUCCCCCCCCCGCUCAUACAGCAUUCAGUAGAGUUGAUUCAUACAGUUCACACUCAUUCAAGAUGGAAUACAAGCAAAACCAAGAGCAGAAUCAGAGACCUGAAGAUGAUCUUUAUGACACACUGCCGCCAGCUAGGAAAUCUUUCCCCGCGACUGAAAGCAUCUAUGACACCCCAACAUCUUACAGGAGGGUCAUUGAGCAACAGCAAUCCUACAGGGAGGCCACAGAGAGCAUCUACGACGUCCCAAAGUCCCUGCUGAGAAAAAUGUCUGAGCACACAGUGGCAGAAAGCCGAGCGAGAGAUGACCAGCUGGAGACCGUGUCUUGAGUCCCACAGUAACCCAGAGACUCUAGAGGAUAACCCAGCAGACGAUGACAGGAGGGUAGGCUUGAGGAAGAUCCCUAUAGUCUCCACAGGCCAAAUGGAGGAUGCCUUCAAGAAGAGGUUGUAUCAGUACACUGACACACAAGAUUUCUUUUGAAAAGACUCAUUUCAUUCUCUGAUGGUCAUCCUACUCUGCUCAUCAUCAAUCCUUCUGUAAUCAUUACAUUUAUAUUCCAUG